CUGUCAAAUAUCUGCACCAUAAACGUUCUCAGCCAAGGCUUCAGUUACUGUUUGUAAUGUGUUUAUAGCUUUGAAUUAAAAUCCGGAUAAUUAUUUCCAGAGGAGACAAACGGUAUGUUGGAUGCAACAGUGUUACUGUUCACGGAAACUCACGCAUUACGUGACAGUCCUUAAAUUGGAUUAGCGCUAAGUAAAGCAGCCAGUGAAUGAUAGUUUAGCAAAGGUGCUAGCUAGUUGGCUAAUCGGAGAGAUAUUUUACACAGUCUAUGGUUGAGAGUGAAAAUAUCCAUAUGGACGUCUCUGGCUUUGACAAACGAAUGUGAUUUGAACCCAGAGUUUCCAACGUCAGUGGUAAUGUAAGCAAUUUCGUGGGUAACGUCCUUUACAAGUUUAGGGUGUGUGCGAGCAUUGGAAACACAACAAGGCUGGCCUCUUCAUUUGCUGUAUCUGGUGGACAGCUCACUAACGUAAAGUCGAAAUCAUGGAUAGUUAUAGUCAGCGGUUUGAAUCCAGUACCGGACGAGAAAGUAAACCUCACAAGAAGAAAGGCUCUACCAACCAGAACACAUUUCAAGAUGAUGGAGACCGCAAACCAAAGUUUCACUUACCCUUUAGAAACAUCACAGACGAUGUGCUGGACAGAUUCGCCAGUAUUCGGAUUCCGGGGAGUAAAAAGGAGCGGCCUCCGUUAUCCAACUCUAAACACAAUGCCAAUGAUUGGACCACGGCUUCAUCAUCCAACUCCCAUCACUUUGAGGAUCUUUCAUCAAAGAUCACCUCAGAAAAGGAGAUCCUGGCUCUGUUUGAAAAAAUGAUGGAGGACAUGAACUUGAAUGAGGAAAAAAAGACCCCUCUGAGAGACAAGGACCUCAGCACGAAGAGAGAAAUGGUCAUCCAGUAUGUUUUUACAGCCUCCAAAACUGGUAGCUUGAGAAGCAGCCAUCAGAUAUCUCCCCAGGAGUUUCUGGGAGAGCUGAAGUCUGGGGUGAUGGAUGAACGCCUGUUUGCCUGUCUGGACUCAUUGAGAGUUUCCCUCACCAGCAAUCCUGUCAGUUGGGUGCAGAGCUUUGGACAUGAGGGUCUUGGAUUGCUGCUGGACAUUUUGGAAAGGUUGCUGUCCAAGAAACAGCAAGAGAAACUUGAAAAAAAGAAUCAACAUAAAGUUGUCCAGUGUCUCAAAGCCAUCAUGAACAAUAAGUAUGGCCUGGAUCGAAUCCUGGGGGAGGAGAAAAGUCUUGCGUUAUUGGCGAGAGCCAUUGAUCCCACCCAGUCUGCCAUGAUGACUGACGUGGUGAAGCUGCUGUCAGCCAUCUGCAUUGUGGGCGAAGAGAACACCUUGGAAAAGGUCCUUGAAGCCAUCACCACAGCGGGAGAAUGGCGAGCCAUCGAGAGGUUCAGUCCUAUUGUGCAGGGACUCCGAGAUCGCUCGGUUCAAUUACAAGUGGCAUGCAUGCAGCUCAUCAAUGCUCUAGUAACAUCCCCUGAUGAGCUGGACUUCAGGCUGCACAUCAGAAAUGAAUUUAUGCGCUCUGGCCUGAAAGAGAUAUUGCCGCAACUGACAACCAUCAGGAAUGAGGCCCUUGACAUUCAGCUGAAGGUAUUUGAAGAGCACAAAGAAGAGGACAUGAUGGAGUUCUCCCAUCGGCUGGAAGACAUCAAGUGCGAGCUGGAUGAUGUGGGGGAUGUGUUCAGUAUUGUGCAGAGCAUGCUGAAGGACAGCAGUGCAGAGCCCUAUUUUCUCUCUAUACUGCAGCACCUGAUGCUUAUUCGUAAUGACUACUUGGUCAGGCCCCAGUACUUUAAGAUCAUUGAGGAGUGUGUGUCUCAAAUUGUGCUCCAUCGCAGUGGCACUGACCCCGACUUCAGUUACCGCAAGCGCCUCGAUGUGGACUUCAGUCACCUCUUAGAUGUGUGUGUAGAUAAAGCUCGAUCUGACGAGUUUGAACAAAGAGCUUCAGAACUGGCACAGAAGUUGGACGAGGAGUUUUCAAACAGCCAGGAGUCACAAGCUCAGCUGGUUCAGUGUAAUGAUAAAAUAGCUGAACUCCAGGUAGAGCUGCUGGCCUUCCGGUCUCAGUUUGGGGCUGUACCGGUGGGUCUGUCCUCCCCGCAUGUCGGGCAAUCGUCAUCCUGCUCAGCCCAGUCUGGGGCUCCGUCGCCUGCUCCAUCAUCUGGGGCACCUCCUCCUCCUCCUCCUCCUCCCCCUCCGCCUCCUUUACCUGGAUGUCCUGCACCACCUCCCCCACCUGGAGUGCCUCCUCCAUUUGGUGCCCCCCCUCCGCCCCCUCUAGGGUUUGGGGCUGGUCUAGGCUCCCCCACUCACCAUGCUUUGCCUUAUGGCCUCAGGCCUAAGAAGGAUUUCAAGCCCGAGACCUCCAUGAAGCGCCUCAACUGGUCUAAGAUUCGUCCCCAGGAAAUGUCAGAGAGCUGUUUCUGGGUGCGGGCUGAUGAAAACCAAUAUGCAAAACCAGAGUUACUCGGCAGAGUUGCUCUCACUUUUAGUUCACAAAGAACAGCCAAAAAAGAAGAGGAGGAUCUGGAGGAUAAGAAGUCCAUAAAGAAGAGAAUUAAAGCGCUCAAGGUGCUCGAUCCCAAGAUUGCACAAAAUCUAUCCAUCUUCCUGGGUUCCUUCCGUAUGCCUUAUCAGGAAAUUCGUCGGAUGAUAGUUGAAGUGGACGAGGAGCAACUCACUGAACCUAUGAUCCAGAACCUUGUGAAGCACCUCCCUGAGCAAGAGCAGCUGAACGCCUUGGCCAAGUAUAAAAACGAGUACGCAAAUUUGUCAGAGCCCGAGCAGUUUGGGGUUGUGAUGAGCGGUGUGAAUCGGCUGCGUCCUCGUCUCAACAACAUCCUCUUCCGGCUACAGUUUGAGGAACAGGUUAACAACAUUCGUCCAGAUAUCCUGGCAGUGAACGCUGCUUGUGACGAGGUCAAGAAGAGCCGCUCCUUCGGCCGCUUGCUGGAGCUGGUUCUGCUGCUGGGAAAUUACAUGAAUGCAGGCUCUCGCAACGCCCAGUCUUAUGGCUUCGACCUCAGUUCCCUCUGCAAGCUAAAGGACACUAAGUCAGCGGACCAGACAACCACAUUACUCCAUUUCCUGGCGCAAGUAUGUGAGGAGGACUUUCCAGAUGUGAUCUCGUUUGUUGAAGACCUGGACCAUGUAGACCGAUCAAGCAGAGUGUCUGCAGAGAAUCUGGAAAAGAGCCUCAGGCAGAUGGAGAGGCAGCUGCUGCAGCUGGAAAGAGACCUGGAGACUUUCUCAUCCCCUGAUGACCCCAACGACAUGUUCUUCACUAAAAUGGCUAACUUCAGCAAGGUGGCCAGGGAGCAGUAUGACAAGCUGGUGAUAAUGCACAGCAAUAUGGAGACGCUGUAUCACAACAUGCUGGACUACUUUGCUGUUGAUCCCAAGAAGACGUCUGUGGAGGAGCUGUUCACUGAUCUCAGCAACUUCCGUGCCAUGUUCACUCAAGCUCUAAAGGAUAACCUGAAGCGGAGAGAAUCGGAGGAGAAGCAAAGGAGAGCACGUGCGGCGAAGGAGAAAGCUGAGCGUGAGAAGCAAGAGAGACAGCAGAAGAAGAGGAGGUUGCUGGAAGUCAAUGCAGAGAAUGAUGAGACAGGUGUGAUGGAUAGUUUGCUGGAAGCCCUACAGUCAGGAGCUGCAUUCAGAGACCGCAGGAAGAGAGCACCAAGACCCAGAGAUAACCAGCAGAAGACAAUCAGCCCCAGCUCCUUCCGACAGGUUCUCAGGCCUGUAAACCAUGAGAACAACAGGGCACCUUUACAAAGGUCUCGCUCUCGGCAGAAUAUGAAUUUGGGUUCAGCGGUGAUCAAAGCGCCCCCUCCCAAGGAGGACCACAAUGAAUCUGAUGGUCAUCCAUCUUCGGCUCGAGCAAAGGAGUCUGGCCGCAGGUACAGGAACAACCCGGCUCAGAGCCACUGGUUGGACAGAGAGAGGGUGGUGGACAGAGAGACGGUGAAGAAAACUGAGAAAGAGAUGGAGGUGGUAAAAGAGCCUCCAUCCCGUAAGCUGUCCUCCACUGAUGCUGCGGUCAACAGCUGUAGCACCAACGGAGAGUCCGAUGUGGAGGCUCUCCUGGCCAAACUCAGGGCCUUGUGAGGUUUGUUUUUACAUUAGCUCUGAAUUAGCAAAUAUUUACAGCUGACUGUUUUUACCUGCAGAUAUUAACAACUGAAUGUGACCAAAAAGAUUACUUCAUCAAUUCAUUAAUUCACCGAAAAUUAUUAUGAAGGGUUUAUGAAGUAUAAAGUAGUAGCGUAAUUAAAAUUAAGAUUUAGAUUCAGCUAACCAAACAAAGAUACUUUUUAAGAGCUUUAUAGAAAUAUGUUUGUAUCAAAAUUCAAUUUGACGCUAAAAGGAACUUAAGGCAUGUAGAGUUCAGAUAGAUGGUCAAACAGAAGGAUACGUCAAGCAGAUAAUAUAUUACAAAAGUUGUUAUUUAAUAAAAACACUUCAGCAUGUCAUACAUUAAAUCAGAGAACAUCCGGCCAAAAUACGAGAAGAAGACUCUCGAACAUGACCUUGUAAAGUGCACCGCCCCAAAGCUUUUGGCUAUCAUUUAUAUCUUCCAGAAAAAUGGAAUAAAACAAUCAUACUAAAACAUGCGAUAUAGCUAAGCACUUUUUUGUAAUCCAGAAGUAUGCAAUUUCACAUAUAAAUGACUGCUGUUUCCUAAAAUGCUUACACAUCUGUAUCUUAUUAUCUUACCGGUAGUUUAGUUUGCGAUGGAUGUUACCAUUUAAAGACGUAAAGCUAAUUUCUGCUUUUUAUUACUUUCCUUAUUUAAUUAUCCUCCUUUGUCUUUUUGUGUUCUUGUGUGAGUCCUUUCCAUCCUGUGAGGGGGUGUCUUUUAUAUUCAAAGCAUUGAUCCAAUUGUUUGUAUUAUCUAAAAAUAAAAAAUCCCCCAAAUAUGUAUUCUAUAAAACUAUAAAUAUACACAAACGAUGCAAGUAAUGACAUAUGAUUGUAUGAUGUGUUAGAGUUAUAAGAUAUAUUAGUUGAUUUUUAUUGUACUCCAUAUCUGUCACCUGUGUCAUUGAUCGCGAGAAAAUCUCUACACAGAGAGAAAAGUCUGCAGAAAGGGAACGGUGUCGGAGAGUCUUUUUUUCACAAUGUGGCAUGAAGAAAAACAAGAUAUUCCAUCCAAAAUGUAACCAGAAUUGAUACUGCUUGUUUCUCCAACAUUCCCACCAAAAUUACUCACAUUUGUACCUUUUAUUUGCUCACUUUUAUAGUCCCAUUUGCAAUAAACUGAAGAAAGAAAAACAUUUCUGUUGUCAUUUU